UCUUCCUGGGUGUGCACUCCGCAUUUAAGUCACAAGCUGAUUCAAGCGCUUGCACACUUUGAAUUGAUAGCCACGGACAACAUGGAGGCCUCUUUGGGUUCUUUCGGGAACCCCAUCAAGUUUAAGGAUCAGGACUUUCAGAGUCUGCUGGAGAAGUGUCUCCGGUCCGGUGACAUGUUCUCUGAUCAGAGCUUCCCAGCCGAGCAGAAGUCCAUCGGCAUGCCGGAGGAUGACGACCCCAGAAAGGCCAUCAAGUGGAAAAGACCCAAGGACAUCAGUGAGAACGCCGUGUUUGUAGAGGGAACCAUCGGCACCACUGACAUCUGUCAAGGACAGCUAGGUAACUGCUGGCUGCUGGCAGCACUCUCCUGUCUCACCAUGCACCCCAAACUUUUUGCCAAGGUGGUGCCGCCUAACCAAAGCCUGUCUAAGUCUUAUGCGGGCAUCUUCCAUUUCAGGUUCUGGCAGUAUGGUGAGUGGGUGGAGGUGGUUGUUGAUGACAAGCUGCCAGUGCGAGAGGGCCGUCUGCUCUUCAGCUACUCUCACACCCGCAACGAGUACUGGAGUGCCCUGGUGGAGAAGGCCUACGCCAAGUUAAUCGGAUCAUACGGAAGUCUGAGGGGUGGCAACAUUUCGGAGGGGAUGGAGGAUUUCACGGGCGGUAUCGCGUACUCGCUGUCCAUCUCCUCUCACACGCCUCGCGUCUUUUGGAGGUUACUGACGGCCGCCCUCGCCCGGGGCAGCCUACUUAGCUGCUUUAUUCAAGCCAACAACUACAAGGAGGUUGGUAAAGUAAAUGCAGACGGGCUGAUAAAGGGCCAUGCCUAUGCCAUCACUGAAACUGACCAGGUGAGGCACGAGGCAGAUGAAAUUUUGCUUCUGAGGCUGAGGAAUCCAUGGGGCUUUGUUGAGUACCGUGGACCCUGGAGCGACAGGGCCAAAGAGUGGGAUGACAUAUCCAAAGAGGAAAAAGCGAGACUUGAAAUGAAACGUAAGGAGGAUGGAGAGUUCUGGAUCAGUGCUGAUGAUUUUUGCAAGAAGUUUGAUUUUGUGGAGCUCUGCAGUAUCAACCCUGACAACCUUGUGGAGGGGAAAAGAGUGGAGUCCUUCACUUCCUCCGCCUCUUUGAAAUGGACCAUCAAUGAGCACGAUGGAGUGUGGCUGAAAGGAAGCUCCGCCGGUGGAAGCCGAAAAUACAAUCGGUCCUUUUGGAAGAACCCUCAGUUUGAGCUGGUCCUCACAGAGCAAGACCAGCCGAAUGAGGAAGAUGAGGAGGACGAGGAGGACGGUGAUGAGGAGGAGGAUGGCGGAGGCCCAAACGACAGCAGGAAGCCGGAAAAGCAGAAGAUGAAAGCCAAAAAGUGCACGGUGCUGGUGGAAAUCCUGCAGAAAGACCGCAGGCGCAAAGAUAAAGUCCACUUCCUGUACAUGGGGUUUCACAUCUACAAGGUUCCCUCUGAGCUUCAGGGUACAUGUCUGGACCGCAACUUCUUCAUGAAAAAUCGUCCAGUUGGUCGUUCAGGGAAAUAUAAGGCUCAAAGGGCUGUGUGGAGGAAGGUGCACCUGGAACCGGGUCACUAUGUCCUGGUGGCGUCCACAUAUCGGCCCAACCAGCCCGGAGAGUUCUUUGUCCGCAUCUUCUCCAAGACUGUCAACAGUUUGGGAACUCAGGAUUUUACAUGUUCUUCUGGUUAUCUACCGGUGACAACAGCUCCUGCUACACCAGAUGACAAAAUGAGAGUUCUGAGGGCUUUUGAUGACGAUGCUGGACCAGAUGACAGGCUGAACCCCAGGGAGCUGAUGAAGCUCUUCAACUCAGUCCUGGAUAGAAAUUAUCACCUGCCGCUGGAGACAUGCCGGCAGCUCAUUUUUGGAGAAGACACAAAAGGACGAGCCAGUCUGAACCGUCAGCAAACAGAAACCGUGCUGGCCGGGCUACGUCACUCGCAGGCCAUUUUUUUCCAGUUUGAUGAAGACGCUUCUGGUACCAUGAGUCCUUUUGAACUAAGUUUAGCUCUGCAGGCCAUGGGGAUGAAGUGUGAUGGCAAAGUAGUCCAGCUGCUGUCUGAGCGCUUCGCAUCCGGAGAGUUUCACCUGCCCUUCCAUGAUUUUGUAGCCGCCAUCGCCCGCCUCCGCAAGCUUUUUGCGCUGUAUGAAUCAGAAAGCAGCCGUGAGGUGAAAGACAGAGGCAUCAACGCUUGGCUCAUUCAGUUUCUGCUGGUGUGAGGAGGAUCGCCACAUGGACCCGGCAGAGCGUCAUUGACUGACACGCUGACAACAGAUACACAAAAGAACACACAAAACUCCUUUACCAACAUUUUCUAUGUCCUGAAUCUUGGGGAAACUUUCAGUAUUUUCUUGAACCUCCUAAAAAAUAAAGAAGGCAAAUAUAGUGUGUACUCUGGCCACAGGUGUUUACUAGGAAUCCUUGAUGACUCAAAACCUUUUCUGCCGUUAAUGUGACCUAUAACCUGUACAACUCAACAGGAAAUAAGUACAAUAAAAUUGAGAUAAUGUGGUUGCAAAAGUGUGCACACCUUCUUACAACUUGCGAUGUGUAUGUAUUCGGAAUCAACCAAUCCCAAAUGGGAGUCAGUACAAAACUGCCACAAUUUAAAGUGCCUUUGUUUUACCCCAAAUAAACUUCAGAUGUAUUGGGCUUUUCUAGAUCAGUUUUAGUAAACUAGCUGAACCCUUGGUGGUUUUUUGUUUUUUUUUUUUUUAGCUAACAUUUACUGCUGUCUGAAACUGUUCAUAAUUCCCAGUUCCAUCUGAGAAAAACAGCCCCAAAGCAUCACGCUACAAGGCGUACUUUUGGUGAUGAGCAGUGUUGGCUUUACACCAAACGUACCUUUUGGAAUUCUAGGCAAAAAGUUAAACCAUGUACUAAAAAGACAAUAAUUGCUGCAGCUCCUUAAAUGUUGCUGUCUGACAGUCUCGCUGAGCAGUUUUCUUGUCAUCAUUUCACCAAUCUUGGAAGGAGGUCCCAUACUUGGUAAAUGUAUAAAAUGGAUUUUUUUAAAAUCAUUUCGAUUGACGAUCUCAGGUCAAGU